AUGGAAAGAGGAAAAACUGGAGGUGGCAGAGGCUCCAAGAAUAAAAUUGCUCCACACCCGUCUGAUUUUAUAGCACUUGGAUCGAAAGGCUCUAGAACAGAGGUUUUGGAUCCUAAAAGACCCGGAGUUCUGACUAAACCUGGAUCUAGCUCUUCAGUCAUCAACAAUGACAGGAAAAAAGAAGGACCUCCCAUACAAUCUCUGAUUCCUGCAAAAAAGCCCAAACUAUCAGCACACACCACAGCUCCACCAAGACCCACUGUAAGCUAUACUGAAGUUUGGGAAGGAGUUUCGAUAGACUGUGAUCCAGCUGAUCUUGUACCCCUGGUUUUGGAAGCGAACGAGAGUGACGAUGGUGAAAAAUUGAUAGGUUUAGUGUGUGGUGCUAUAAGAAACUUGAAAAGUUCGAGAUGGAAACCAGACAGUGUUGUGACAUUUGGACUUUUAUAUUUGGUAAAAAUAAGACCUUCCAUAUUUUCCCAUCAUUGUAUAUUACAUGCCUUGGCAUCUCUUUUAAAAAGGGAUCAGACACAUAGUUUUAAAAAUAAAGGCAAUCCCAUGGUACCUGUACUAGUAGCUAAUUUAUUGAUGAAAGGAUUUUCCGACAAAAAAGAGUGGCCUGAUGUUUUUAUUAAGAUUUAUAUUGAAGAUGCUUUGGGUGAAAGAAUGUGGGUCGAUAAUGAAGAAUGUAAAGGAUUUGUAGAUAACAUUUUAACAGGGUUCAACACCAGAAUACCUCCAAAAAGUGUAUUACAGCCAGAGCUAUUAAUGAUGACUCCCAGAGAGUGUUCUAGUCCUUCCACAUUGUUGGAAGAUGAUGACUCUGCAACUUCUCUUAUUCAAUUGACUGGUGAUAAAGAUAAAAUAGAUCUACCUGUCUGUCAUCGUUAUGCUCACUGCAUGGAUGCUGUAGAAAAUAUCGUUGUGGAAACAGUAAAAGAACAAUUAAAUAGAAGACAACCAGACACGAUAACAAGAAAUUUCUUGAAAUUGUUGUCUUCAGCCUGCGGCUUUGUAGAAAUAAGAAAUAUCGCCGUGCCGCGACUGGAAGUAUGGCUGCACAAUCCAAAGCUAAUGAGAACGGCUCAGGAGCUUCUCAGUUAUAUUUGUUACAAUUGUACGUCUCACACUCAGCGCGAUGUAGAGGUCAUCAGCCAACUCGUGAAAAUGAGAUUGAAAACAAAAGCUGUUGUAAAUUUGUAUUUAAAUGGCGUUAAGGAAAUAAUCGGUCUUCAUCCAGGAAAUUUGUCGACUAUAUUGAAACACACGGUAUAUAAUGAAUUAUCGAACGCAAGGAACCCCAACAACAUGCCCAUGUUAGCAGUUAUGUUUCAAACUGCUCCAGAGCCAUCAGCACAACUUUUGGGUGAAAUAUUUCUAGAUCUUUUGUUGAGUCGCGAUGAAUACUUGAGGCCUCUGCGUGCACUUUUACGAGAAAUCGUUCGAAUUUGUCGACACGACAUCAACUUGUUGAGUCUAACUAAUACCAUGAUGAAAGCACGAAUGGAAGUCCUUCAGCAAUUGAAUUCGAAUCAUGAAUCCAAAGAUAGAGUGUUCACGUCCAUAAUUGAUCUACUGUGUCUGUGCAUGUUUCUGGCCAUUACUCCGCAAGUCAAAGAAGCUGCAAUGUUGUGCCAGCGUGGAGACAAAAAAGAUGUUGGUCUGCUGCACCAGUUUCAAAAUUUGGUGGCUGUUAUACAAGAUCAGACCAUAACAUGGUUGCAGAAUACGGCACCUCAGAUUUACAACAUCAACAAAGAAGCUUUGAUACACGCCGUGCAAAAGAUCAUGCUGCUCGAGCCACUGGAACAGUAUUACAGACCGGACAACUUUCCGCCGGAACCGGAAAGACCGUUUUAUAUGAGAAUGGUUUCUGAAGUGCCUUUACUUGAAAACACAUUAUCGAAUAUUUUGACAAUGAAGGAGGAUGGACUAACAAAUGCCCAAAAGCUGGAUCUUGUGGAAAGUUUAAUCAGGAGAGCAGCUCAGAGUUCGUCCGAAACGUUUCCGCUGUUGUGCAUCAACAACAUAAUGAUCAUCGAUCAAAUAUUUAGCUUAUGCGCGUACCAAGCUCCUAUCUCUAUAAGUCUUCCCGCAGGCUAUGUGCCACCCGCAUUGGCAAUUACCAACCUGUAUUGGAAGAGCUGGGUCAUACUAUUGAUAAUGGCUACUCAGAAUCCUUUGACAGUUGGCAGUCUGGCGUGGGAGCGCUAUCCAACAUUAAGAGUGCUGAUGGAAAUGUGUAUUACCAAUCAAUUUACGUACCCUCCGCCGACGAUGGCUUUGCCAGAAAUAAUCGAGGAAGAGCGAGCCAAAGAGUUUCGUUAUGAUAGUAUGGAAAAACAACAAAUAUUGCAGUACGAAGUUCAUCUAGCUGCGGCGUCUACGCGUACCCAAAUAUCAGAGCAGACUUCGUUGCUGUUGUCAUCGGUGGUAAUGAUGGAGCCGACGCUCAUUGCCCGACGACCUCCGCAAAACAUCCUCGAGAUAAUACAGGCACUAAAUACUACGCACCGUUUGGGCCACCUGUUGUGCCGCUCGCGGAAACCCGAUUUUCUCCUCGAUAUCAUUCAGCGCCAACAGGCCAGCUCCUCCCAGAAUAUGCCCUGGCUCGCCGACCUUGUGCAGAGUUGCGAGGGAUCCCUUAGUCAGCUUCCGGUCCAGUGUUUGUGCGAAUACCUACUAUCAUCAAGCGGCCAGGCAGACAAGCAGCCGAGACAACGGCAGCUACUCGCUCAUUUGCAAUUGCUGCUCACUGAUCCCCUUCAGGAAAGUCUGCACUCUUAUGAGAUUCUCGAGUAUUUUUUGAGAAGACUGAGCAGCCAGAUAACUUCUAGCAGAGGUCAGGCCAUCACUGGCCUCAAACUGAUUUUAAGUACGAUUCGAGUGGAUGAGCACAUGGAUGUUGAUGGCUAUAAUAACAACGAGUCUUGGCUACUGCAUAAGCUUUCGUCGAUACCCCACUUUCAGGACGUACGUCUUUUAGUAUCGAAAGCUCUGAGAAGCGCCUGCCAGGUGGAGAACAAUCCCGACCUGGUACAGGCAUACAUAGCGUACUUGGCUGAGCACACGCUCAAUGACGAUCUGUCUGAUUUAAUAAAUUUAGUGAAUGAGCUUUCGCAAUUGGUUGUCGAGAGAAAUACCAUUAUCGCGGCUAUAUUGCCACAACCGGAUUCUGAUAGCGUACAGGGCAGACAAACUUUGCACGAUUUUCUUUCAAUUUACACGAAUUAUUUGAACAAGGCAAGAGCACCCCGACAAGAUGGCUCACGAGUGACGUGGCUCGAGAAUCAAGAUUUAAUAUUGGUUCACUGGUCUACAGGUGAGGAGUGCACCAUGCACAUUCUAGUCGUGCACGCUAUGGUCAUUCUCUUGACGUACGACCAAGUCGAUAACGAUGAGCUGUUUGACCAGCUACUGGAGAUCUGGUUUCCAGAGGACCAUGAGCCGCCUAAGGCUUACCUCGUUGACACGGGAGAGGAAGCGCUUCUGAUACCAGACUGGUUGAAGUUGCGCAUGAUUCGUAGCAACAUACCGCGCCUAGUCGACGCAGCAUUGCGCGACUUGGAAGCCUAUCAGUUAGUUCUGUUUAUACAGAGCUUCGGAGUACCCGUUAAUACUAUGACAAAGUUGUUACACUUGCUCGAUGCUGCCGUUCAAAUCGAUCCCGUAUCUGUGACGAACAACGUUCUUAACAAGACUUACAUGGCACAGCUCGUGAGAAUCUUGCAUAACCGCGGUGCAACUGGAGGUGUAAUUUUCUUGGAGCACGUGCAACAUGAGGCUCAAGAAGAGCCCGACGAGAGCAUUCCAUCGGUCAACACGCGUCUGGAGUUGCUACCGCGAAGCGUUCUGCUGCAAAAACAAAGUGUCACUCAACAGAGCACAGUUAAAACUGACGUACCAAAUCUUAUCAAUCAGUUGUUCAUCGAAAAUAUACAACAACAAACGAUACAACAGAAAACAGAGAUUUACCGUAGAUUACACAAAAUACUCGCUAAAGAUCUGUACGAGUCAAGGAUGGAGACAGAUCGAGGAGCAAUCGCCGUGGCUAUCAAACACAUUAUGGAUGUACUGAGUUCCAUUCAGGUCAAAGAUUUCCUGACAUCGCUCGUCCGCAUGUCACAAUUUUCGUGUACACUUAUGCGAGUGAUCCUUUUGCCCCUGAAAAAGCCGUCUAGCUGCCCUAAGACGAUCGAGCUUGCAAACGUGGCUAAAGGGAUGUGUUUGAAUUUGAUGACCUUGAUCGGCGACAUCGAUGCCCCGAUUCUCUUGAUUCUGCGCGAUUUUACAAAAUCGCAUGAAUCUAAAACCCCUCGACACAAAGAGCUCGCCACUCUGGCAAAGUCGCGCGAACCUGGCGCGAUACUUGAGAACGCAGAACCGGAUAAGCUCGAAAAUGUAGGCAGCCGAUUGCUUGAUCUGUGCAUGCAGCAACAGCGAAACGAUGCUCUUGUAGAGGCGAUGGCAAAAUUACUGGUCACCGACAGUGAGCAGGGCAUUAAACCUCGCACCGGCUUACUAAUCGAUUGGCUAGCGUCGGUCGAGCCCGAGCUUAUCGGCACCUGUCCUGAUCUACAAACUAGGCUGUUAUUCGGAAAAAUGAAUGUGUACAUAAGAAUUGACGAAAGCAUAGUUAGAUCACACUCCUGCAGGCCGUAUCUGUUGACUUUAUUGGCGCAUGGAGCCAGUUGGGCAACUCUGCACAAGUGCGUAGGACAACUACUGUGUCAGUGCCACCAAACCUACGAUCCAACCGCCGUUUUGGACUUUUUGUGGGCACUGACUUGCAAUCCAAAAUUAUGGCAAGGUCGUGAGAAAUAUUCUACGAAAAAUGACAUGCCAGAAAAUAUUUUGUUACUAACAAGUAAUCAGCUGUUGGUUCUCGUAAUGUACUUGAUCGAAGAGGCGGUAAUACUGUAUGAACGAGAAAAUCAAAAAACGGCAGUGACUCAAAUGGAGGCCAGAUUAGACUUGAUGACUUGUUGCUGCUCUUCUGAGGAUGAAAUGAUGGUGUCUGUAGUUAAACAUUUGGCCGACCAAAUGACGAACCGUACCGACGUGUAUUCGGAUAUGGCUCAUCAGUUACUACUGCAGCUUUACAUGAAAGUGCCAAAGAUUAUAAGCUAUCUGAAUAUAAAUCAGUCAAAGAAGAUGAUGAUGAGUGGAGCAAACAUAUCCGAAUGGACUAAUUCAACUUUAGACCGUAUGACUCACACUUUAUUGACGGCUCUGACAACGUUACCACAGCAAAAGUCGAUGGGCUCAAAAGUGCGAGAGCUUGAUCAAUGUACCCGUAAAAUGGCUGCAGUACAUCCGCUUCUAAUGCUGAGGCAGUUGCCCCUAUUGGCAUCGACUCUCACGGGUCUCUGUGACCUCGACUCGAGGGAGUUCCGCUCGAAACACCACGUUCACCUUUUUGUGCAAGUCAUGGGUUUACUUGAACUCUUGCAACCACACAUUUUCAACCAAGAACAUUCAAAAGGACUCCAGGACACACUCGACACUUACUUACUAUGUUUUAAAAAUUAUCAUAGAGCGGAAGAUUUCGUAUCUCUUUUAAGAAGAUUCGCAGAGUUUCUUAAAGAGUACGUGAAACAUAAUGAAAAAUCUGCUCUUCAAUAUUUACAAAGACACGCACAAGUACUUCACGAGCUGCAAGCUUACUACCUUGGGAUUACAUCCUUGAAAAGUCUUGUAGCUGGAAUUCCUCUGCCAAGAGAAGGCGAAAACGAAGAUUUAGUUUUAGUCUCGGCGACUUUUCGUAAAAAAGAAAAAACGCCUCCAAGAGAAUUUCCGCACUUACCGGCUUUACUGGCUACACUCACGAAAAAUCAAGGCGAUGAUGUGUAUAAUGCUUUGCAAGAAAUAGAAAGUUUAUCCUUGCGGGAUCCAAAUUUAUUGGAACCUAUUAUCGAUAAUAUAACGGACUUGUUUACAUCCCCUCAAGGAAACGUAAGGACAUUAGCUCACGCACUGGUUACAAAGGCACUUAAACAUCGGCCUUGCCCGAAUCUCAGUGUACUUGCAGCAUUCCAAAGAUGCCUUGAUAAUUCUAGAUCGGAUAUUCUUAUGUCAGCCUUGGAGAAACUUCCAGACUACGUCAUGUGCAUGCAAGAAUAUGCACUGCCUCUUAUGCAAAGGGUCUUCGAACUUGGAGUAGGUGCCAAUGUAAACAUCAUUAGUUAUACGACUAAAACUAUAGCGCUUUUAAAUACGCAGAAAGGUUGUUAG